AUGUGUGGAAUUUUCGGAUACAUCAAUUACCUUGUUGAGAAGGAUCGUAAAUUUAUCCUGGAUACAUUGAUCCAAGGUCUUUCUCGUCUUGAGUACCGUGGAUAUGAUUCAGCAGGUGUAGCGGUUGACGGAGAUAAGGAGGGCGAGGUUUUCGCUUUCAAGGAGGUUGGAAAGGUUGAGAAGCUCAAGCAGCUCAUCCAUGACUCCAAGCCCGACCUUGAUGCUACUUUCGUUUCACACGCUGCCAUCUCCCACACCCGAUGGGCCACCCACGGGCAGCCCUCGCGCGUGAACUGCCACCCUCAUAGGAGUGACCCCACAUUCAGAUUCACCGUUGUUCACAAUGGUAUCAUCACAAACUACAAGGAAUUGAAGGCGCUUUUGGAGAGCAAGGGUGAGGUUUUUGAGAGUGAGACCGAUACCGAGUGCAUCGCCAAGCUUGCCAAAUACAUCUACGACCAGAACAAGAGCAUUGACUUCACCACCCUGGCAAAGUCCAUCAUCUCAGAGCUCGAGGGUGCUUUUGGACUUUUGUUGAAGUCUACCUCAAGGAAGAUGAAGGUGGACUUUGUUGAUGUUGAGUUUUCCGACUCAAUCCCUCUUCCGGCCGAGCAGGCUUCACACAACGUUGCCUUGAGGAACCUCAAGUCCGGUCCCCAGAACAGCUUGGCUCCUCCGGACAAGAGCCUUCUUCACAGAUCCCAGUCUCGUGCUUUCCUGUCUGACGACGGAAUGCCCGUGCCUGCUGAGUUCUUCUUGAGUUCCGAUCCAUCAGCUAUCGUUGAGCACACCAAGAAGGUUCUCUACCUUGAGGAUGAUGACAUUGCGCACAUCCACGAAGGCCAGCUCAACAUCCACCGUGCUGGAAAGAACAACGGUGCUUCUGCCAUCCGUACCAUCCAGACAUUGGAGUUGGAGCUUCAAGAGAUCAUGAAGGGCAAGUUCGACCACUUCAUGCAGAAGGAGAUUUUCGAGCAGCCCGAGUCGGUUGUCAACACUAUGCGUGGUCGUCUUGACGCCGUGAACAAGAAGGUUACCCUUGGUGGUCUCCGACAAUACUUGAGCACAAUCCGCCGCUGCAGAAGGAUUAUCUUCAUUGCCUGCGGUACCUCAUACCACUCCUGUAUGGCUGUGCGAGGAAUCUUUGAAGAGUUGACAGAGAUUCCGAUCGCCGUUGAGCUUGCCUCGGACUUUUUGGACAGGCAGGCUCCGGUAUUCCGUGACGAUACCUGCGUGUUUGUUUCCCAGUCUGGUGAAACCGCCGACUCACUGAUGGCGCUGAGGUACUGCCUUGAGCGUGGGGCCCUUACUGUUGGUAUCGUUAACGUUGUCGGAUCUUCAAUCUCACUCCUCACCCACUGUGGUGUCCACAUCAACGCUGGUCCGGAAAUCGGUGUGGCAUCAACAAAGGCCUACACAUCGCAGUUCAUUGCCUUGGUCAUGUUUGCGCUGUCGCUGAGUGAGGACCGUGCGUCAAAGAUCCAGAGGCGGGCAGACAUCAUGGAUGGUUUGGCCAACAUCUCCAACCAGAUCAAGAGCAUCUUGGAGCAGGACCAGGCCAUCAAGCAGUUGUGCAAGACCUUCUUCCAGAACCAGAAGUCGUUGCUUCUCCUUGGAAGAGGUAACCAGUUCGCUACCGCUCUUGAGGGAGCGCUCAAGAUUAAGGAAAUCUCAUACCUCCACUGCGAGGCUGUCAUGUCCGGAGAGCUUAAGCAUGGUGUCUUGGCUCUCGUUGAUGAGAACCUGCCCAUCAUCAUGAUCUUGACCAGGGACGAGAUCUUCAAGAAAUCAUUGAACGCUUACCAGCAAGUUACUGCUCGUGGUGGUCGCCCAAUUGUCAUCUGCAACAAGGAUGACGAGGAGUUUGUCAAUGAGAAGUGCGAGAAGAUUGAGAUGCCGACAACUGUCGACUGCUUGCAGGGUCUUCUCAACGUUAUUCCCCUUCAGCUUGUUGCGUACUGGCUUGCGAUUGCUGAGAACCUUAACGUCGACUUCCCAAGAAACUUGGCCAAGUCCGUUACUGUCGAGUAA